AUGCCGGCCAGACGUAGAAAAAACAAAGAGAAUGGAAAUGGGAAAGUGAGUGAGAAGGAAAAGGCCAAGAAGGUAGGGAAUACCAUAAAGGAAAUCUCUAGUGAGAGCACUGAAGUUACAGUCAAGAUUAAGAAUCAGCGGGAUCAUUUCUGGGAGAAGAGGAAAUUCAUAUUGUUUAUUGGUAUUUUGAUUGGACUUAUUGUGGCAGCCUAUACCAAUAAGGAGCACAUAAAAAGUGAUUUAAUUGAUGACUAUGUGAAUUUUGAUAAUUUAUCCCUUGAUAAUCUAUCCAAGAUCAGUGAUAAGUUUUCAGUUGAAGAGUGGAAAGAGUAUUUGCCGGAUUCUUUAAAAUUGGAUUCUCCUAAAGGGGAGACGGGUGCGUUUGCAAUCGGCAAAUCAUUAAAGAAAAAUGAGGGAUUACAUGCUGAGCAUAAUGUCAUUCUUGUACCGGGGGUUAUUUCCACUGGCAUUGAGAGUUGGGGGCUUGAAGGUACGCCGGAUUGUCCAAGUACUCCGUAUUUCCGGAAGCGGUUAUGGGGGUCGUUUUUCAUGUUACGUACGAUGCUUAUGGAGAAGGCAUGUUGGUUAAAACAUAUAAUGCUUGAUCCCGAGACAGGAUUAGAUCCUCCUGGCAUUAAAUUAAGGGCAGCUCAAGGAUUUGAAGCAGCUGAUUUUUUCAUUACAGGAUAUUGGAUCUGGAAUAAGAUAUUGGAGAACUUGGCAGCUAUUGGAUAUGGUCCAGACAAUAUGUUUAGUGCAGCAUAUGAUUGGAGAUUGACAUAUAUGGAUUUAGAGAGAAGAGAUGGGUUUUUCAGUAAAUUAAAGGCACAAAUUGAGAUGAGUAAGCAAUUAAACGGUAAAAAGAGUGUACUAGUUGGUCAUUCCAUGGGGUCACAAGUGAUUUUCUUUUUCCUCAAAUGGGUUGAAGCAAAGGGUAAAGGGUUUGGGAAUGGUGGUAAGAGGUGGGUCAAUGAUCAUAUUGAGGCGUAUGUUGAUAUAGCGGGAUCCAUGUUAGGUACCCCCAAGGCGAUUACUGCGUUAUUAUCAGGUGAGAUGAAGGAUACCGUCGAAUUGAACCAAUUGGCCAUGCAUGGGCUCGAGAAGUUCUUUUCACGGAAGGAGAGGGCCGAGAUGUUGAGGACAUUUGGAGGCAUCCCUAGUAUGAUACCCAAGGGGGGCAAUUUAGUUUGGGGAGACAUGAAUGGAGCUCCAGAUGACGACGAUGACAACUCUGAAGGUAAAUGUCAGGGAGACACUUUUGGAAAGUUUCUGAGAUUUAAGGAAAACAGUGGGUAUUCCAACAUGACAAUGGAGGAAAGUAUCGAGUUUUUACUUGGGAACGGGCCUGAAUGGUUCAGCAACCGUGUUAGAGAAAACUAUUCGUUUGGAUAUGCGAGAGAUGCCAAGGAAAUGAGGACCAACGAGAGGGAUCCACGUACAUGGACUAAUCCUCUUGAAGUUGCACUCCCCAAUGCACCUGACAUGAAGAUCUUUUGCUUCUAUGGGGUGGGGGCACCUACCGAACGUGCUUACAAUUACAUGCCUGAAGAAGUCAGUGAUACCACCAAUGUUAUUGCCAACGAUACAGAUGGCCUCCACCAUCACAAUGCCACAAAAAGAGAAACAGGUGUACAUAUUGACAGUGAUGAAGGUGUCCUCUUUAGCAAUGGAGAUGGUACUGUCUCCCUUCUCACACAUUUGCAUGCCCAUAUCUGGCAGAGGGGGCUCAGUAUGUACAAUCCAGGAGGUUCAAAAGUUACCAUUGUUGAGCUCAACCAUGCUCCGGAGAAAUUCGACCUUCGUGGCGGAGCCGGCACUGCCGAGCACGUGGACAUUCUUGGCUCAGCGCAACUGAAUGCCUUAGUUUUACGAGUUGCAGGUGGUGCAGGUUCUCACAUUGAGAACUCUGUGGGGCUCAGCACCCUCAAGAAAACGGCCGACGCGCUUUUCCCCUUGUGA